AAAGAGACCGGCGUUCGUGCAUGUGGUUACAAGCUUUCGAUACAAUGCUGUACCUUGAAUUAGCUCAUUUGAAGGCUUGUGCAAAAGCUUGGAAUGGACCCAUACGGUCCAGGACGGUAGCCAAUUGCCCAAUCGGAUCUAUUCAUCCGGAGCAGCAACACAAGUCGCACUAGAACUAUUGUCAUGUGCCUUUCUAAACAGCUGCUUGUUCAUCCGGUCGACUCCUUUCUGAACCAUAUUGGAAGACUUCCCUCGACAGCAUUCUUGGAAUGGACACAAUCCCAGACACUAUGGAUGAAAACACUGUAUCACCGACGAACGGAACCAGUGAUUUAUCAAGACUAGACCCAAAUGGAGAUGUUAUACUCAGAAUUGAGAGUCAGCACGACAAUGCUACAACAUCGUUCCAGGUUUCGAGCAAAGUUCUCCGGCUUGCGUCCCCUUAUUUCGUUCGAAUGUUCGGUCCGUGUUUCCAGGAAGGACUGAAAUUGCUUCAAGGGGAGUUUCCAGUGAUAGACCUUAAUGAAGAUGACGCUCCGUCGAUGAGCAUUGUUCUCAACAGGCGUGUUACUGGCUGCCACUAUCGGGGUGUCUGUGACACCAACGUCAUGACUGCUGAAAGAUUGGCCGGCCUUGCGGUACAGUGCGAUAAGUAUGACUGCGUCACUGCAUUGACGUUCUGGUUUUCAGUGUGGUUCAAGAGUGUCGGAUCGGUGAGAGAGCUUUCCCCCGAGGAGUUCGGAUUUUUGCUUUUAGCUGCUCUUUUGAUCAAUGAUUCUGGGAAAUUCACAGAGAUCUCAGAAAGAGCUUUAAGAGAAGUGACAAUUGCCUUUUCCUCAAGAUGGGAACAACAUGAAAUAUUGACCAUACUGCCUACCAGUAUACCUGGUGUGUCGCACAUAGAAGUCUCCGCAAUUGCGAUCAGAGCUGAUUUCCAAACAGGGGCGAUUACUGCCUGUAUCACUCGAACAUUGCGCAAAUUCGAAGCGGAGCUGCAGGCUAAAUGCCACCCAUGCCAUAACACUGCAUUGAGUCCAAAAUACUGUACAAGCGAGACUAGGAUUGCCGAAUACUUUGCGAUUCUCCGAAAAGUAGAGUUGUGGCCAACUGCUAAGCCCUUUGGGGUGUGUUCGGUCUCAGAUAUCGUCUUUCGGUUUACCUGUGCAAAGGCUGAUCUUAAGCAUAGCUGUGCAGCUGGUACUGGUUGCCCGCUGCUGACGAAUCUUGACGCGCUAUCUAGGAGAGUGGACCGAAUCUUUAGGGACACCACUGGGCUCUGUUUGCAUUGUAUCAGAAAAGACGACGAAUGGGACGAGUAUCAGAAAUGUGUCCACACGUAA